GCGAGAGGGCGCUCCCCUCUCUUUCGACGUGCGCGGUACCCGAGCCUCGGAAAUUCUGAAAGCGGUUCGCGCCUGUGCAACUCGCGCGGGGGUGGCAAGGGACCGAAAAUCGAGGUGAAAGGAAACUCCGCGGAUCCGGCCUAAGGGUCUCUCCUAGGGCUGGUGCGUAUUCGGUUCUGGGUAGAAUUUUUCGACGUGCGUCGUUGAGUAACGACGUGUGCUCACCUGAUUAAAAGAAACACCUGCGUUCGUUCGUCAUCGACGAGGAGGGACGAAUCAUAAAAUAGCAAAGUACGAACGCGUCGCGUUGCCGCGUCUCUGGCCCCGUUACUUGAUUCGCGAGUACGCGUAAACACGCACACAGGUACGCGCUUAGUCGCGUUCGUUGUGGGCAAAUCGGUGUGUGACCACAGUGACACAUCACGAUACAUUCGGAUUUACAUAUCUCAUCCGUGGCUCGUUCGGUUCUUCCUCCGUUUCUCGCGACCCUAUCGUGUGUGUGUAUUUGACCCGAGGACGUCGUCGCGCGAGAGAUAAGCUCUUCUCACGACGCUGAACAACGAACAACGAACCGAGUGACGAACGAGUGGAGAAAGAGAGAGAGAGAAAAAUAAAGAGACAACAUUUAUACGAAACCUCUGAUACCCCAACGACGACUACGGCGGUGGAAUCGUUCGAUCGCUGUGGUGGUGGUUUCUUCCUCGCGUGACACACUUUUGUCGUCAGAGAAGAGAAGCUCUUCUUCUUUGCCAGAUUUAACGCGAAUCAGGGAACACUAAGGUUGAGACUUGUUCGUCGACGUAUAUCCGUCAGUAAGUGCGAGAAAUCCAUCGUAAAAUCCUCUCAGUGAUAGUUUGCUUCUUCUGUGUAUCGUGAAUGUGCAGCUGUGAAUCAGUGAUCGUUUGGAAGAAAGGAAAAGUUUUUUCUUGGUGUUUUUGACUGAGAGAAAGGAACCGUUGUCGUUUCCUUCUUUCUUUUCUGUCUCAUUCUCGUUGUUCGCUUCGGAUAAAUUACGUCACGAGAAGAGGCAACAUCUGAUCGUGAUCGAGUGACUCCAGUAAAAAUCGUGAUUGUUGAGUGGUUAACGCCGUGCCAUUUGCGAACUCGCCAGGAUUUUCCAUUAAAGACCAGUGUGGAUCGUAAGUCCCGAAUACGGGGGUAUCAUGUAUCCCCGAUUGCGGCCCUCCUUUGAGGGUUAAAUUCUCGCCGAUUUCAACGUCUCGGCUUCGCCGUCUCGACUUAAUCCUGCGCUACCGUGUAAUUGUGUACUCUGGAACUAGACCGAACUACGUCUUCUUAAGGACUACCCGAUUUCGGCGCAAAGAGCUGGUCCCACUGAGGACUAACCGUGUACCACAUCCCCGCGCUGAAAGAGGAUUCGAAACCUCGCAAGGAUGCGGGACCGGCUAUCGUGGUACAUGGUCUUUUUGAUCCUGCCGACAAUUCUUCUGGCCAGGUCGCUCGAUAAAGAUCGACGCGUUCCUUACAGCAUACCGGCAGACUGGAAGGCGUUGUGGUUCAGUAACCUGGACGAUCUGCAAAGAGUAAAUGAUGCGAACGAUAACAACACCGUCUCGAAUGUCACGGUGCAGUUGGGUGGAACCGCGUUUUUGCAUUGCAAAGUUCGAAAUUUGGCAGAUAGAACGGUAUCCGACGCUGAGAUAUCCUGGAUACGACGACGUGACUUCCACGUCCUGACCAGCUCCACGUUCACGUAUACGAACGACGAGCGGUUUCAAGUUUUGCAUCCCGAAGGCUCGGACGACUGGACUCUUCAGAUCAAGUAUGUUCAGGACAGAGACAAUGGGACCUACGAAUGUCAGGUCGCGAGGAGUACAGGGAUACUAUCACACUUUGUCAAUCUAAACAUAGUUAUACCAGAAGCAUUUAUAUUAGGAAGCGGUGAACAUCACGUGGACGUAGGAUCCAUUAUAAACCUCGUAUGCAUAAUAGAAAAGAGUCCAACACCGCCGCAAUAUGUUUUCUGGUAUCACAAUAAUCGAAUGAUAAAUUACGAUACUACGCGGGGCAGCACCGUAACCGUACAAACCGAUUCCAGCUCGACUCAAAGUCGACUGACGAUUCACCAUGCGGUGGAAUCGGACACAGGCAAUUAUACGUGCAGCGCCUCGAAUACCAAGCCGGCAUCCAUCUAUGUCUUUGUCACAGAAGGUGACAAAAUGGCUGCGAUACAGCGCCGCAAGACGUCGGCCGCCGAGAAAAAUUUCUGUGAAUUGCUAGUACUAAUUGUCACCAUUGCGAUAGAGAUCGUUUUAACGCGAUAAGCGUUUCUCUUCGAUAUGUCCAUAAUUAUUAUAUCGUUACUUCCGUUUGUGAUAGAUAGGCCACUAUUCUGCGAUUUUAACCCUCUAUUCACACUUUCCUUCUUUCCCUUUUAAAAGCUGAAGACAUCGUCGUACCACGCGAUCUUUUAUUUCUCUCUUUGUUCAUCCUUCCUAAUCCUUUGUCUUGUUAUCUCUAUUUCCAUAUAUCAUCAUUGUCAUCUUUGUUUCUUUUCUUCGUCUUCUUCUUCUUCCUUUUGCUCUUUCUUUUCUUCUUCUUCUUCUUCUUUACUACGUUCAAUUAGCCGCGAUCGAACAAUCGUUAAGUCUUAUCAUGUUUUUCUUCAUGGUAAUUUUUUUCUUUUCCGUUUCAACGCCGAGGUUGCCGCCGGCUGAAUCAUUUCGACAUACGAGAUUUUCAUGGUAGAUCGUUCUAAGUAUCCACGUGUUCAUCAACACAUGGCCGAAAUUAUAAAAAUACUCGCGAGUAAUCGCGAUUUCUCUCUCUUUCUCUUUCUCUUUUAUCUCUCUCCCUGUCCAUUCCCUAACUUCUGGUUGCGUCUGUCACCUUCUGCAGAAGUAUAAAAUAAUUUUAAAUAACGCAAAUUCUUCCUCCCACUGUGAGAGGACAACGUUCCGGAAAGUCAAAUUCUCCGUGACGAAUGAACGAAACGCGUGAUGCAAAGUCACGCGAGAUACGUAUCGAACAGAAGCACUGUCUUAGUUAAUCCUCCAAGGAACGAAUCAAGUGCAAUAAAUUUAAGUACGUAUUAUAAAAUAUAGUAUUAUAUCGUUGACGUUCGUAACACGCUCUAUCCUUGUUUAUCAUAAUCUUGUUUUCAGCGUGAGAUAUUCGUUAUUAAACUACAUUUGAAAACAAAAAAAAAAGACAAAAAUCUGUGAUCGUGUCAGUUUUUAUAUAGCGAUAAACUGUUUUACAGAUUUCAUUGUUUGUACGGCGUACUUUACCAUCGAAGUCUUUUCGAAACCGGCGGCACACAUCGUUUCUCGGUAAAAAAAAAAAAAGAAGAAAGGAACGAAAAUCAAUUAGUCAUGAUAUUCCUCGAAAGCAAUAUGGAUCCAUGGAUCGCGUCAAGUUAGGUUUAUGUACCGGGUUUAUCCUCUUAAAAAAAUUACAAUAGAUCCGUUUAAUGGUCGUGAGCAACAGUUCUACGUCGUGGCAGUUUUCUACAAAGUUUUGCGCCGCUUUCGUUGAACGAACGACAAUGAGAUAUUACGGCAACAGACACGAAUUAAUCAAAAGGCGGUCGGUGAAUUAAAGUUUGAGAUUGACGGUGUUACCGAGUGUCGCAACGAAUUUGCGGGGCUUUACAUACCUUUUAACAACCUCCGGCCCUUCCGGUUCGAUUCUCGUUCUACGUUCUUGUAAUUAAUCACCUCUCAGGACGUUUCAAUUCCACUUUAUCCGACGCGAAUCUAGCCUACCUUUUGUAGUUCGUACAUGCAACCUGUAAUCGCGAGAUCGAUACUCCAUGUGUGUACUUCUUGCGUUCUUCUUUGUGAUUAAUAUCGUUGCUACGUAUAUGUGUUAUUACCAGAACAAAUAUUGAAGAAAUUUCAUCGUUUACGAAUAAUUUGUGUUAUUUUUCAAAAAUUUACUCGAGAUUUUUAUGAACGAUCGAGAUCGAAUAUAAUGUUAUAUUCCUAAGUGUAACAACCGAGGUAAAUAAUAUAGAGUUUAAAACAGUGAAUGUAAAAUGUAUGAAUACGGUAUUUCCAACAUAUCGACGUCGUUUCUAUUUCCGUUUUGAUUUUGAAACGCAACUGCCAAAAUUCAGUAUUCCAUGCCAACUCAUCCUAAGGUGCUGCUACACGAAUAAUUGUACAAAAUACUAUAUACUUUUAAUUAUUCUUCGUUCUAAAAUAAGCCUUGGAUAAAAAGAGAAGUAUUGCGAAGGAUAGAAAGAAAAAAAAACCUCGACAGAUUUUUUUACACGAUUUAUCACUAACUUUCGACUUCCUAGUAGAAACUGUUGUACACUUACCAACAUUUCGUCUGCAUUUGACAAUGAUUUUUAAGCAGCACAGAACGACGUUACAUAUCGUGAAAAACUAAAUCCUUGCCAUUGUUCUGAAAAGAUAAAACCCCAACUAAGAGAGAGAGAAGAAAAGGAAAAGACGAGGGAAAGAAAUAGAAAGUCGCGUAAAUGGAAAAGCUUAAAUGCGGACGAAAGGUUAAAAACAGGGAUCAAACGACAAGUAUUAUAUCUAGAAAUGUAACAGGAGAUGUUUGAUAAAAUCCAGGGCAAGCGAGAAACUGCCAUAUUGUUUGACGUAGCAAGACCUUCGGGCUGAAACGUUUCAUAAAUUUCGAUUUUACAACUGUUCGAAACAAAUCUGCGUACUAGUUAGAAACUCUGAAUAUAUAAUACAUAUAUAUAUAUAUAUAACGAAGUUUUCUUAUUCCAAGUAAACGAUUCACGUGAGCAGGAUCGCGUGCGUAUCGCGUGACACCGCUAUCGAUUGAAUAAAGAAACGUAGAGGAUGAACGGGGACUAAGGGAAGAAAGCAUAAUAAAAGAAGCCAGGACACACGAACUCUCGAUUCGAUCGAUUCAUUCAUUCGCUUCCUUGCUUUCACAUUGUGUAUCCAUCGUGAUAAAAAUUAUUUGCAGAACGAUGCCUUUCCUCGAGAAACUUUUCCAUUUCAUCUUUUAUGAUUUCAAAAAAUCCCAUUCAACUUCGAACACAUCGUUCACGCAAUAUUGAAGUAUAAGAGAGACCUCAGAAGCUAGUCGAUCGUAACUAUUUAAUAACUCGGAUCACGAUUUAUGAAGCUAGGCUAAACUAAACAAGAGAAACGAUAUUGUAUGCGUUAACAAAAAAAAAAAAAGAAAAAACGAAGAAAAUGAAUAAUCGAAGGAACAAUAAGUCUUUGAGGACAUUCUUCGAUACAGUUUUGUCUGAAUCUUCUAGAGAAUAAACGAAAUACAAUACAAGUGCGAGAGAAAGAGAGAGCGAAAAAAAUAUUAUCUUGAUCUCUUUCAAAGUAAGCAACAAGUUUAAUAGAGACAUAAGAUCAGUAGGAUAAUAAACGAUAAGACUUUAAUACUCGAAAACAAUUCGAUCGCAAUUUUACGCGUUCUGCGUGUACAUCUCAAAACAUCGAUAGUGUAUCUGCCAUAGAAAAUCUCUGUGUACUUCAGCGUCACACUGUAUACAACUUCGUAUAAUGUUUUUAUAAAUUAAGUUUGUUGUAUGAAAAUGGAAGGAAAUCGACACGUUAUCGGUAAUUGAAUGUCAUUCGAUUCGUUCCUUUGUUUUCUUUUUUUUUUUUUUAAAUUAAGAUAGGCGUUUGCGUAACUCGAAACACCGACACACGUAUACACACACACAUACAAACACAUGGUGAAUGAAAAGAGAAAAAAAGAAAAGGAAAUUUCGUACGUUGCUUAACGUUCGCCCGCCUUCUUACGAAUCUUUGUGUCCUUUUAUUUCGAACAAUUAUCCGCAAAUCCGUUGAAACUGAAUUUUAAUAAAAUCCACAAUAUAAAAUA